CUCUCUAACUCAAUGUUGGCUAUGUCAUUUGUAUAUAGAGUAUAGCGCAAGAGCAAGGACUUCCCCCUAGGGGACCCCAUAUUCGCAGCAUAUUUCAGAGCUCUCUGUGCUCAACAUCUUUACUCGCUGAUCCCUACUUGUAAUACUCAAACUUAAGAGUACACUUGCCUGUAGGAUGUCAUCAUAUAAUUGAUUAAGUUACGAGACCCACAAUUACGUCAAGGUUAAAUGAUAUUAAUACGUUCGUUGAUUUUGGUUCAGUAGUAGCUCAGUGGACAUCACGCAAGACGUAUAUAAGACAACAAGCAAGUUUUUAGAUAAAACGAUGUUUUGGUUACUCGUCGUUUUGCUGUUAAUUGCAUUCUGUUGGUUCAUUUAUAAAAAAUUGAAUUAUUGGACUAAUAAAGGCGUCAAACAAAAAUUUAAAUUGUUUUUUAUGAAUAAAUCAUUUUCAGAAUAUUUUCUAGACAGUUACAAUGAAUUUCCAGAGUCUAGAUAUAGCGGUGUUUUUCAGUUUAGUAGACCUAUGCUUAUGCUGAGAGAUUCCGAGUUGAUAAAGCAGAUAACAGUGAAAGAUUUCGAUCAUUUCACAGAUCAUAUGAGCUUUAUUCCGGAAGGCGUUGAGCCUCUUUGGACAAGUAAUUUGUUUGCUUUGAAAGGUGAUAAAUGGAGAGAUAUGAGGGCUACUCUAAGUCCUGCAUUUACUGGAAGUAAAAUGCGAGCAAUGUUUGCUUUGAUGUCAGAAUGUGCCCAAGAAGUAUCCAAAUACUUUGAAAACAAUCCAGAGGAAAGCAAAUCCAUUGAGCUGAAGGAUCUAUUUACUAGGUACACUAAUGACGUUAUAGCUACUUGCGCUUUCGGUGUGCAAUGCAAUUCAAUUAAACAAAGAAAAAAUGAGUUUUAUUUGAUGGGAAAGCUAUUGACAGAUUCUACGGGCAUUUGGAAAAAUAUCAGAUUUCUAUUAUACAUGAUGAUGCCAAAAUUGAGCAAUUUAUUUGGAAUUUCGUUCUUCAACAAAAGAGUGGAGAUGUUUUUCCGUUGCAUCAUUAAAGACUCGCUUAAAAUGCGAGAGGAAAAUAAUAUUUCAAGACCGGACAUGCUACAUUUAUUAAUGGAAGCUAGAAAAGGUCGAUUAAAUUACGAAGAAACUUCAGCUGUAAAAGAGACUGGUUUUGCUACAGCCGAAGAAUCGGAAAUUGGAAAGACUGUGAAGAAAGUAAAAGACCCAAUCACAGAUGAUACCAUAACAGCUCAAGCGUUAAUUUUUUUCUUUGCUGGAUUUGAUUCUGUUGCAACAUUAAUGGUCCUCAUGGCUUACGAAUUGACUGUUAAUCCAGAUAUUCAAGAAAGGUUGCAAAAGGAGAUUGAUGCUGUUUUUGAAGAAAACGAUGGAGUGAUAACUUACGAAUCGAUCAACAAAAUGAAAUAUUUGGAUAUGAUUACUACUGAAACAUUAAGAAAAUGGCCUGCAGCUGUAGGCAUGGAUAGAGUAUGUGUUAAGCCUUACACCAUAGCACCAGUUGCUCCAGACGAGGUUCCGGUAAAUCUGAAUAUUGGAGACGUUAUUUCUGUGCCAAUCUUUGGAAUUCAUAGAGAUCCCAAAUAUUAUCCCAACCCUGAAAAGUUCGAUCCCGAAAGAUUCAACGACGAGAACAAAGUUAACAUUAAGCCUCACAUGUAUCUUCCUUUUGGUGCUGGACCAAGAAACUGCAUUGGUUCUAGGUUUGCAUUAUUAGAAGCCAAAGUUGUUUUUGUUUAUCUGCUAGCAAAAUUCAAUAUUGUUCCAACUGAAAAAUCGGAAAUACCUUUUAAAUUAUCGAAGACUGGUUUCACUUUUAAUUCUAAAAACGGAUUUUGGUUUGGUUUAAAACGUAGGGAUUAAUUUAUUGGCAUUUGAUCUCAUUUUUUACAUUUCACAAACAUUAUAUAAUGUAUUUUUUAUUGAUAAAUUUUAUUUUUCUAAUGCACAAUGUAUUUUUAUCAAAUGUAUUUUAGUUAGAUCAAACGAUUUAGUCACGCAAUGUGUUGAGCCAGUCAUAAACUUAAUCAAGGUUUUCUUAUAAGUGCUCGAAUGGUCAUUAGGUAUGAAAUUGCUAUAAUUUAAAUCUAUAAUUAUAUUCUUAUUUUUUUUAUUUACAUGUUCAUGAACGUAAUAACUGUUUUCACUUAUUAAAAAGUUUUAAGGACAAUACCAGAAAAAUAUAAACUAACAUU